AUGCAAAGUGAUUCCCUUGCCUCCCCAAGCGCAAAAUCCCGAUCUCGGGCAGCGGCCGGGGCGCUCCGGCUGUGGAGGAACCCCUUCCAUGCCCUUGCGCGCACAGGUGGCGGCAGGCAGGGCUGCUGCCUUCGGGGGGAUCCCCAGGGCAGCAGCCCCGGCAGGUGCCGGGAUGCUCCGCGCGGCCGGUGCGACCGGCGCCGCGCCAGCGGGGAAUUCCCAAGCACCGCCAUCCUUCUGGGCUCCGCACGGGGCCUCCCGGCGCCGGAGCCCCGGGCCCGGCCGGGCAGGGGCACCGUCCCCUCCGUGCGGCCCGCCCGAGCCCGCCCGUCCCCGCAGCGCGGAGGAGGCACAGCCCCGCCACCGCCCCUGUCCUCCGCGGGACCCCGGCCCGGACCCUGCCCCCCGGUGCUGCCACACCGCCGGGCCAGCCCGCCCCGGGGCCGCUCCGUAACGGGGCCCCCGCCGCGCUCCCGGCUCCCGGAGACGCAGCCCGGCACCGCCGCCGGGGGGUCCCCCCGCCGCCAUCUCCCGGCCCGCGUCCCCCCGCGCCGCCCCCCGGCCCCUCCCGGGACUCCCGCGGGCCCCGGGGGCGGCGGCUCCGCCCCGGCCCCCCCGCCCCGCGGCGCCCCCCGCCCCGCCGCUCACCGGCUCCGCGCGCCCCUCGCCGCGCCGCGCCCGGCCGAAGGGAGGGCGGGCGGGGGUCGCGGCCCCCCGGCAGCGCCGCACGCCCGGCGCAGGCAGCCCCCGUCCCUGACCUACUUUCCGCCUGGCUUGCCACCCGACGGCGCACCACUAACCUACUUUCCAGCCAAUGGCACCCUCCCCCGGCCCCGCACCGGACGCGCCCGCCCGCCAACGGCAGAGCGGCUCCGCGCCCGCCUCGCCCAAUGGGCGGCCGCCGAGCCGGCAACGCCCGCCCCCCCCCAGCGCCGGCAAAUCCCCGGGCGGCCCCGCGGCACCAGCCAAUCGGGAGCGCGGCUCCGGGCCCUGGUCCCGCCCCCCGGCCGGGGGCGGGGCUGA